AUGGAGUCAGAUGAACUCACCAUUGAAGUUGAAAUUGGAGUUGAGGAUCUUGUUGAACUUGAAUCUGAUUCAUCAAAGUCGCUUUCAGAACUCAGAAUGACAGACACUUUGACAGAUCUCUUUGACUUACUGGAAAUACAAAAGCAAAAUGGUGUUGAUAUUGGAAUGGGCCGGCCUUCCCGCAGUAGUGCAACAGAGAUAUUUAAUUACAUAGCCAUUAAUAUAAAAAAUACAAUUUGCCAGCGUAUCAACCAGCUAAAUUGCAAAAUUUAUGUUCUCAUUGAUGAAUCUACAAGCCUGAGCAUUAAAACAACUUUGAUAGUUUACUUGAAAUGUGAAAGUGAUAAGGAAGAGUUCCGGCACUAUACAACCGGCACCGCACUCCCGACCACCAUCCCCGGCACCACACUCCCGACCACCAUCCCUGGCACUGCACUCCCGACCACCAUCCCCGGCACCGCACUCCCGACCACCAUCCCUGGCACCACACUCCCGACCACCAUCCCUGGCACCACACUCCCGACCACCAUCCCUGGCACCACACUCCCGACCACCAUCCCCGGGACCACACUCCUGACCACCAUCCCUGGCACCGCACUCCCGACCACCAUCCCCGGCACCACACUCCCGACCACCAUCCCUGGCACCGCACUCCCGACCACCAUCCCCGGCACCGCACUCCCGACCACCAUCCCCGGCACCGCACUCCCGACCACCAUCCCUGGCACCGCACUCCCGACCACCAUCCCUGGCACCGCACUCCCGACCACCAUCCCUUGCACCGCACUCCCGACCACCAUCUCUGACACCACACUCCCGACCACCAUCCCCGGCACCACACUCCCGACCACCAUCCCCGGCACCACACUCCCGACCACCAUCCCUGGCACCGCACUCCCGACCACCAUCCCCGGCACCACACUCCCGACCACCAUCCCUGGCACCGCACUCCCGACCACCAUCCCCGGCACCGCACUCCCGACCACCAUCCCUGGCACCACACUCCCGACCACCAUCCCUGGCACCGCACUCCCGACCACCAUCCCUGGCACCGCACUCCCGACCACCAUCCCUGGCACCGCACUCCCGACCACCAUCUCUGGCACCACACUCCCGACCACCAUCCCCGGCACCACACUCCCGACCACCAUCCCUGGCACCGCACUCCCGACCACCAUCCCCGGCACCACACUCCCGACCACCAUCCCCGGCACCACACUCCCGACCACCAUCCCUGGCACCGCACUCCCGACCACCAUCCCUGGCACCACACUCCCGACCACCAUCCCUGGCACCACACUCCCGACCACCAUCCCUGGCACCGCACUCCCGACCACCAUCCCUGGCACCACACUCCCGACCACCAUCCCCGGCACCACACUCCCGACCACCAUCCCUGGCACCGCACUCCCGACCACCAUCCCUGGCACCACACUCCCGACCACCAUCUCUGGCACCACACUCCCGACCACCAUCCCCGGCACCACACUCCCGACCACCAUCCCUGGCACCGCACUCCCGACCACCAUCCCCGGCACCACACUCCCGACCACCAUCCCCGGCACCACACUCCCGACCACCAUCCCUGGCACCACACUCCCGACCACCAUCCCCGGCACCACACUCCCGACCACCAUCCCUGGCACCACACUCCCGACCACCAUCCCUGGCACCGCACUCCCGACCACCAUCCCUGGCACCACACUCCCGACCACCAUCCCCGGCACCACACUUCCGACCACCAUCCCUGGCACCGCACUCCCGACCACCAUCCCUGGCACCACACUCCCGACCACCAUCUCUGGCACCACACUCCCGACCACCAUCCCCGGCACCACACUCCCGACCACCAUCCCUGGCACCGCACUCCCGACCACCAUCCCCGGCACCACACUCCCGACCACCAUCCCCGGCACCACACUCCCGACCACCAUCCCUGGCACCACACUCCCGACCACCAUCCCCGGCACCACACUCCCGACCACCAUCCCUGGCACCGCACUCCCGACCACCAUCCCCGGCACCGCACUCCCGACCACCAUCCCUGGCACCACACUCCCGACCACCAUCCCCGGCACCACACUCCCGACCACCAUCCCUGGCACCACACUCCCGACCACCAUCCCCGGCACCACACUCCCGACCACCAUCCCUGGCACCGCACUCCCGACCACCAUCCCCGGCACCACACUCCCGACCACCAUCCCUGGCACCACACUCCCGACCACCAUCCCCGGCACCACACUCCCGACCACCAUCCCUGGCACCGCACUCCCGACCACCAUCCCCGGCACCACACUCCCGACCACCAUCCCUGGCACCGCACUCCCGACCACCAUCCCCGACCCCACACUCCCGACCACCAUCCCCGGCACCACACUCCCGACCACCAUCCCUGGCACCACACUCCCGACCACCAUCCCUGGCACCACAUUCCCGACCACCAUCCCUGGCACCGCACUCCCGACCACCAUCCCUGGCACCGCACUCCCGACCACCAUCUCUGGCACCACACUCCCGACCACCAUCCCUGGCACCGCACUCCCGACCACCAUCUCUGGCACCACACUCCCGACCACCAUCCCUGGCACCGCACUCCCGACCACCAUCCCCGGCACCACACUCCCGACCACCAUCCCUGGCACCGCACUCCCGACCACCAUCCCCGGCACCACACUCCCGACCACCAUCCACACCAGGGUUAUCAUCAUGGUUAUGAUGAUGAUUAUGGACCAUAUGAGGUCCAUUGCCACCCCCUCCCCAGGAUGUUUCGUCAAUGAGGCUGACGUCCUCGCAAAACCCUCCAUAUGGCGACGGAAAUACCCCGCUGCGCCCAGAAAUUUGCGUACAUCCUUCGCUGUUCGUGGAGUCUGCAUGUCAGCGAUAGCCCUACAGGAAUAUGGGUCAGGGCGUAUCCCAUCUGUGCUUACCUGGAACCCCAGAAAUUUAAAUAUCUGA